UGUUGAUUUGCUGGUGUUCUUGGGACCCAAUUUCAGACCAGCUUAAGGUGCUGGAGAGCUGACCUCACAUUUGUCUCAAGAAUAUUCUUGUAUAAAGUGGAGUUCAUCGUUGUCUCAACAACUGCAACUUUCCCAGGUCCUGUGGCUGCAAAACCAAAUCAUCAGCCCUCCACCACCAGGCUUCACAGCUGAGAGAUGAAUGCACCAGAGAAACUCAUCAUCAUUUUUUGUCUGUUUCAAGGUGUUUUGUGUAGAGAAUUCUCCAUCAGUCUACCACAGAGUGUAGAAGCUCUGAGAGGACUCUGUGUUCUCAUACCCUGCAGGUUUGAGAUUGAAAAACAAUAUGAUGCAGACCUCAAGACAGCUCUUACAGGAAUCUGGUUUAAAGACGACCCUUUCAUUAACAAAGUCUUUAACUCUAAAGUAACUAAAGAGAACAAGAUUGAAGGGAAAAUUAUAGGAGACCUCCGCAUGAAGAACUGCACCACCAUCUUCUACAACAUCAGUGAGAGAGACAGUGGAAGAUAUUACUUUAGAAUAGAAACUUCAGGAAGACUGAAACACACUUAUAGCUCUUCAUCAGUAGAUAUAAGAGUGCGAGACUCUCCAAUCAGCCCCUCAAUAACACUGUAUAAGGAGGAUCAGGGGAAGGUGGAGGACCAAAAUGAGGUGGUGGAGGGAACUUCAGUGAGUCUCAUUUGCUCUGCUCCAGCUCCUCCAUGUCUCUUAAAGCCAACAACUUUUACAUGGAACUUCCUGCCAGAGGAGAGAAGACAGGAGCAGAAACGCAACACCAGCUUCAGUUCCUCUCAGCUGAACUUCAACUCUACUCACCUGCAUCAUGGAGUCAAUUUCACCUGCACUGCCACCUACCAGCUCCAGAACAAGAACAAAUCAGCACAGAGCUCUUUUACACUACAUGUUCUGUAUGCUCCUAGAAACACGACGGUAUCAGCGUCUCCAUCUGCUUCAGUGCUUUUGGGCAGUUCAGUGUCUCUGAGUUGCAGCAGUGAUGCAAACCCAGCAGUGCUGAACUACACCUGGUACAGAGAGAACGGAGAGCAGAUAGGAACCGGAAACCAUCUCACCAUCAACAUAACUGAUUCUACACAGAGUGGUUUCUACUACUGUAGAGCUCAAAACCAGCGCGGAGAUCAGAACUCAUCUGUGUACCUGGAUGUUCAGUAUGGUCCUAGAAACACAUCAAUAUCAGUGUCUCCAUCUGCUUCAGUGCUUUUGGGCAGUUCAGUGUCUCUGAAUUGCAGCAGUGAUGCAAACCCAGCAGUGCUGAACUACACCUGGUACAGAGAGAACAGAAGGCAGAUAGGAACCGGAAAACAUCUCACCAUCAACAUGACUGAUUCUACACAGAGUGGUUUAUACUACUGUAGAGCUCAAAACCAGCGCGGAGAUCAGAACUCAUCUGUGUACCUGGAUGUUCAGUAUGCUCCUAGAAACACGUCAGUAUCAGCGUCUCCAUCUGCUUCAGUGCUUUUGGGCAGUUCAGUGUCUCUUAGUUGCAGCAGUGAUGCAAACCCAGCAGUGCUGAAUUACACCUGGUACAGAGAGAACAGAAGGCAGAUAGGAACCGGAAAACAUCUCACCAUCAGCAUGACUGAUUCUACACAGAGUGGUUUAUACUACUGUAGAGCUCAAAACCAGCGUGGAGAUCAGAACUCAUCUGUGUACCUGGAUGUUCAGUAUGCUCCUAGAAACACGUCAGUAUCAGCGUCUCCAUCUGCUUCAGUGCUUUUGGGCAGUUCAGUGUCUCUGAGUUGCAGCAGUGAUGCAAACCCAGCAGUGCUGAACUACACCUGGUACAGAGAGAACGUGCAGAUAGGAACCGGAAAACAUCUCACCAUCAACACGACUGAUUCUACACAGAGUGGUUUAUACUAUUGUAGAGCUCAAAACCAGCUCGGAGAUCAGAACUCAUCUGUGUACCUGGAUGUUCAGUAUGCUCCUCGGGUCUCUCCCUCCUCCAGCUGUAACAGCACUCAGGAUUUGAUCAUGUGUUCCUGUGAGGCUCAUGGAAAUCCAUCUCCUAAACUGGAGUGGCAUCUCUCUGUUCAAAAUUCUUUGACCACCAGGGAGGAGAUUGUGAACAGCACAACUUUAAGAAGCUUCAUCUCCAUCCGUCCAUCAUUUACGGACAUGCUCACUCUGCAGUGUGUUGCCUCCAAUAACCUGGGCAUUGACACCCAGCUUUUCUACUUUAAGAAAGUGGCUAAUCACUCUGCUAAAGGUGUGGAUAUUUCCUCUGUGCUGAUUGGUGCAGCUGUUGGGAUUUUAGUAAUGAUGAUGUUGUGUGGUAUAUUCCUGUGUGUAAGGAGAGUGAGUCCUUCCCAAUCUGGACAAGGAGACACAGCAGGACUCGUUUUAAAUGACAGGGCUAUUCGACAGGAAGAAGACGGAGAGUCUGUGUAUGCGAACAAACAGGUUUCAUCAGAGUCGCUUCAUUACUCCACUGUUGUGUUUCCAAACAGAGAUGGAAGCGAAAUCAAAGGCAUUUCCUCUCUCACUACCGAAUACGCUACUGUGCAUCACGGCUCCAAACAGCAAAAUAAGGGAGGAAUUACAGAAACUGAGGCUAAAGAAAGAGAUAUAGAGCAUCUCAAACAGUCAGAUGGAGCUGAAGUCCUUUAUGCACAAGUUAAACCUCAUAAAAGUGAAGAGAAGGUGUGAAAAGAUCUAUAAAAUAAUUCAGUGUUUAAAAACAUGCUCAGAUAUGCAGUGCAAGCUAUGUGAGAUGUGAGAGGUAGAGAUGCACAUUUACAGAGAUAGAUAUUUAAGAUUAUAUUGUUUUGGAAAAUGACAAAAAAAAAAAAUCUGAAAAAACAUCAGUGCUUCAUGCACAAGCUGUUUUAUGUGAUGUAUGUCAUUAAGUUUUGAGUUUGUUUAUUGCCUCAGGGAAAUAAUUUGCAGCUUUUUUCCACAUUAAAAACACGCUUAUACAUUUAAAACAUCAUCUAAUUAUUAGCAUUCUAUACAGUAAGUGCUAUAAUGUGAGUUACACCGAUCAGCCAUAACAUUAUGACCACUGACAGGUGAAGUGAAUAAUACUGAUUAUCUUGUUACAAUAGCACCUGUCAAGGGUUGAGAUUUAUUAGGCAGCAAGUGACCAGUCGGUUCUCGAAGUUGAUGUGUUGGAAACAGGAAAAAUGGGCAAGCGUAAGGAUUAGAGAGACUUUGACAACGGCCAAAUUGUGAUGGCUAGAUGACUGGGUCAGAGCAUCUUUAAAACGGCAGGCCUUGUGGGGUGUUCCCGGUAUGCUGUGGUUAGUACCUACCAAAAGUGGUCCAAGGAAGGACAACCGGUGAACUAGCGACAGGGUCAUGGGCGCCCAAGGCUCACUGAUGCAUGUGGGGAGAGAAGGCUAGUCCCUCUGGUCCGAUCCCACAGAAGAGCUAUUGUAGCACAAAUUGCUGAAAAGUUAAAGCUGGCUAUGAUAGAAAGGUGUCAGAACACACAGCGCAUCGCAGCUUGCUGCGUAUGGGGCUGUGUAGCCACAGACCUGUCAGAGUGCCCAUGCUGACCUCUGUCCACUGCCAAAAGUGCCUACAAUGGACAGGUGAGCAUCAGAACUGGACCACGGAGCAAUGGAAGAAGGUGGCCUGGUCCGAUAAAUCACAUUUUCUUUUACAUCAUGUGGAAGGCCGGGUGCGUGUGCAUCGUUUACCUGGGGAAGAGAUGGCACCAGCAUGCACUAUGGGAAGAACGCAAGCUGGCGGAGGCAGUGUGAUGGUCUGGGCAAUGUUCUGCUGGGAAACUUUGGGUCCUGGCAUUCAUGUGGAUGCUAUUUUGAGACAUACCACCUACCUAAACAUUGUUGCAGACCAGGUACACCCCUUCAUGGCAAUGGUAUUCCCUAAUGGAAGUGACCUCUUUCGGCAGGAUAAUGCGCCCUGCCACACUGUAAAAAUUGUUCAGGAAUGGUUCGAGGAACAUGACAAAGAGUUCAAGGUGUUGACUUGGCCUCCAAAUUCCCCAGAUCUCAAUCCAAUGGAACAUCUGUGGGGUGUUCUGGCCAUCAAGUCCGAUCCAUGGAAGCUCCACCUCACAACUUACAGGACUUAAAGGAUCUGCUGUUAACGUCUUUGUGCCAGAUACCACAGCACACCUUCAGGGAUCUAGUGGAGUCCAUGCCUCGACGGGUCAGGGCUGUUUCGGCAGCAAAAGGGGGACCAACACAAUAAUAGGCAGGUGGUCAUAAUGCUAUGGCUGAUCGGUGUACACAGUUCAGUACUUCUUAUUUAUCUGAAUUUCUCCUUUUAUAAAUGACCCUACUUGCUUUUAUUUAAUAACUUGCAGUUUUUUUGGUGAUAAUUUGACUUUUUUCUAUUAUUGUUUGCAUUUCUGUUUGGGAUAAUAUAAUUUAAAAUGUUUAUUAGUAUUUCAGUCUUAUUGCUUAUUUCUCUCUAAAUCUCAGCUCUGAAAGAAAAAACAAUAAAACGAAAACAAAUGUUAAAUAAAAAUCGAUGUGCUAGUUCCUUGUAGACAUUUUGUGUUGCUGUGUAAUGAUGUGUUCUCUGUAUAUUAUUGCUGAUAAUCAUACGUAACAUGGCUAAAAUAGUUUUUUUUUCACUAGAUUUUCCUGUUUAUAUGCAUUCAAUACUGUUCUAUAAUUGUUUAAACCAGUGUUUGUAAAAAUACAUUAAAAAGGGUCUGUAAGGAGGUGAUGGUUUAACAACAAAGUGGUUCAGUCCAGGCAGCCAUACCUGCUGUAUUGUUAUUUUAGCGGUCUUUUCCUCCUCUCUCCCAAACGGAAGAGGUAUGCUGUGUCCCAUGCUACAGUUUAAUAAUUAGCAUUGGUUGAAAAUAAUUCACACACAGAAAUACAUGUUUAAGUUGUUUUAUCUGUUUUUGUUGUUAUUUACAGAUGUAAGAUCAUAUAUACUUAACGUACACGUUUCAGUGAUGUGGAUUGGUAUACUUUGGAAUGCUAUUUUUGUUGACAGUGUUACUGAUGUGUGAGCUGAAGCUGUCGUGACGAUCUGUCUAUAUAAAAAUACAUUCUCUAUGCAGACCC